AUGAUGGGACCCCCACGGAAAAUGCCGUCACGGCCUUCGGCGACUAGGAUUCUUAGUUCUGACAAGGCCGAGCGGAGCUCUAGCGCACCGCCUAGUUAGUUCUUCUGACUGGAUAAAGAUUUUCUAACUUACUUAUGACUUUACAUAGCUAAUCAACCAAAACAUAACGAUUCUAAUAAUGCCAUCGAUUUGCUUUUAUCAAUUUUGGACUUAUUGCAGGAAGCUUCAGUUUAUCGCGAUGCAAGACGUUCGCCUCUAUCAAUCAAAUCCGCGACGACGCUUUUGAACUAGACUCGAAGCGGACAGAUCUCGAUCAACAGCGAGGCCGACUAGACAAUACCAGGUACCAGCCUGAUGCUCUUAAAAGCAGCUGA